CUAGGAGGAGCAGUUCUCCUCUGCGCCUCAGUACGCAUGCGCAGACUUCAUUCCAACCCCGCUAGAGUCGAGUCAGAGGAGGGCAACGCCAACCAGUUAGCAUAGCUACUAGCAAUGGCUUUUCAUAACAACACCUUUGCUCUUCACUGCUGUCAUCUGAGCACCAUCCACGAGUGUUUCUGCACAUGAGGACCUAACCGCCGACAAUCAAUCCAGCAGACUUACUUUGCAACAGCGAGCGCUUUUUUUUAAGCCAGUAUGCGAUGGGGACAGAGAGCUGUGGAUUUCUACACGAAUCUUUGCAGGCGGCUGCUGCUGAAGCAGAGGAUGCUGCUAGGCUAGCGAGCUAGGCCUUUACAUCCCACAGGAACCCUUCAGUACUGCGCCAGGAAGCAACUUGCAAUCAAAAUAGGAACGAUUUUUGUACUUAAAUGAGAGUUUGAGCGAUUCGCAGCUCUCGUUUAGCACCAGACAUCUGGCGAGCUGUGUGCUUUUGUUUGUUGAUAGCUGCUAGCUAGCCGAACAUCGAGCAGCCAAUCCGCUAUCUUGUUAGAUUAUCGACCCGUUUAAUAUUUCCAGAACGGCUUAAAGACAGCAGGUAAACCCGACUGGGUUUGGAGAAGGUGAGAACUGCUGUCGGAUUGUGUGUUCAUGCUACAUUUGAGCAGCGUGAAUGUGGAACAAAAUGGAGACCCCGAAGAUUCUGUACGAUUUGGACACGUCUGGGGGCCUAAUGGAGCAAAUUCAACAGCUGCUCGCACCCCCACGCUCUGAGGAUGGAGAGAAGAGACGCAAACCAGAGAGGGAGACCAGAAGAGGAGGCCGAGCCACGAACCACGACACCUGCGAUAGCUGCCGUGAGGGAGGAGAUCUGCUCUGCUGCGAUCACUGUCCCGCUGCUUUUCACCUGCAAUGCUGUAAUCCACCUUUGAGCAGAGAGAUGCUGCCCCCUGGUGACUGGAUGUGUCAUCGCUGCAGUGUGCGCAAAAAGAAGCAUGAGCAGAAGGCGGAGCAGGUGAAUGGGGCGUUGGAGCAGCAGUUGUCCAAGCGGUCUUCCUCCCCUGCAGCGGAGCUGGAGCUGGGAACACUGCGUCUGGACGGGCUGCCCUCUGCCACGUCAGGAGGCCUGAGGCUUGCCGUCGCGCAAGUCCGUCUUCUCGAGCGACGCACAAGCAGCCGCCCUGGUACACCCACUUCAAAUGCGUCCACCAACACGCCUACACCGUCAGAACACAAUGACGUGGAUGAGGACCUGAUGGACGUUGAAGAGGAAGUGCAGGGCUCUGAGUCUGAGAGUGCCACACCUCGCCUGAAGAAACCUUUUCAGUUGCUGAUCGCCGCAGCCAUGGAGAGAAACCCCACGCAGUUUCAGCUGCCCAGUGAGCUUACGUGCACCACUUCACUGCCAGGCAGCAGUAAGCGCAGAAGGAAAGAGGAGGCAAUGGGCAAGAAUGUAAAGAGGCCACAACAUGAGCUGGAUCCCAGCGGCCUGGUUCCUCUACCAGUGAAAGUGUGCUUUACCUGUGGCAAGAGCUGCAGGGUAGCUCCUCUGAUCCAGUGUGAUUACUGUGCGCUCCUGUUCCACAUGGACUGCCUGGACCCCCCUCUCACUGCCAUGCCUACUGGGAGAUGGAUGUGUCCCAACCACGCAGAGCACAUGGUGCUAAACCAAAAUAACGUGACCCUCAGCACGCGUUGCCAGCUCUUCGAUCAGUUCCAGGACCGAUUGUCCCAACAUGCAGUCAAAGUGGACUUCCUGCGCUGGGUUCACCGCCAACACCAUCCCAACCGCAGAGGUGUUCGCCACAUCAAGAAAAAGACAUUGAAGGUCCCCAAUGCCAUUAAAAAUCACUACCAAAAUCCCCCUUUGCUGGUGGAUCAAGUGUGUCUUCACAAUGGAGAGCUGGUCACGAACGGUUUCAUGGAACAAGAACGUUCUUCUCAACAUUUAACUAGCGAAGAGGAACAAGAGGAGUGGCUACGUCAUGUCAUUGCACUUCAGUGUAGUAUUAUGAAACAUUUAUCUGCUAAGCAGAUGUCAUCUUCUCUCCGGGACUCGGAGCAGACCGAUAUGUCAGAUGUGAAGACACAGGAAUCUAUGGAGAUGCAGGACCUCAGCUCUCAGGAUUCUGACUGCCUCCAGCUUAGCGGUACACAAGUUGGCCCCCAGGGGGCCCCUGUGCUGCCCUCUCUAUCACCCGAACAGUCUGAAAGUUGCAGAGAAAAAUCUUGUCAGGGUGAUGCUGACAGUCCAGCGGAGAAGGGCACGGGAGUGAAUGGGCCAGUGGUGUGUGACAGGCCCAGCAGCCCCUCUACACUACCAACUCCAGCACUCUCAGAACCAGCCCUGCCCAACCAUGUAGACAUAAAGACUGAGAGCAGCAGUCCCCUCAGCUCCUGUAUGCAGAGAGAUACUCCUUCAUCUACCAGCCUUGCUGCCCAUCAUAACAGCUCAGCUGUUGGGAACUCCUCUUCAGGGCUGAACAGCAGCUUGUCAUCUCAAAGUAAAGAGAACAAAGUGAGCCCAGAUGUGAUGCCUGCUGGGAAAGGCUCGGUGCUCCCGUCCUCUAUAGGCAGCUUAUACAGCUACAUCAAGAAUGUGGUUCAAGGCGAUGCAGAAGUGGACAUGAAUGUGCUGGAUGAGGAGUUUAUCAGACUCCUGGCUUGGCAAAGAAUCCAACAGCUGUUGUCUCCCAAAUCACUUCAACCCUCAAAUAAAUGUGGGAUUCCUCCAGCCGUCACUGCCUCGCUCCCUAAACCUUCCCCUCAUGCAGACGCACAAAAAAGGGACGUACAAGCUCGAGCAGUACUGUGUCCUUUAACAGGAAAAGGGGCAGCUAUCAACAUGUGCUUAAGGACUCUGUACAUUGGAACAGGUGCUGAAAUGGAUGUGUGCCUUACAAACUACGGUCAUUGCAAUUAUGUUUCUGGGAAACAUGCCUGCAUCUUUUAUGAUGAAAACACGAAGCAUUAUGAGCUUCUGAACUACAGUGAUCAUGGGACGACUGUAGAUAACGUGCUUUACUCAUGUGACUUCUCCGACAAACCAAACAUCACUUCACCCUAUGGACUCGCGUCCAAAGUAAACCGCAUCAGAGGUAACAGGUCAAGGAAACCGCUUGGUGAGAUGUGUGCAGAGACGGUGAUGAUGCCCGCAGGUGGUAUAAUGAGCAGCCAGGCUCAAGGAGGACCCAAAUCACCCUGCAACUGUAAAGCUAGCAGCUCCAGCCUGAUAGGGGGCAGCGGAGCCGGCUGGGAAGGCACUGCAUUGCUCCACCACAGCAGCUGCAUCAAAGUGGGCUGCAUGCAGUUCCUGUUCAGCAUCACAGAGUUUGCUAGCAACCAACCCAAAAAAGAGACGACAUCCACCAGCGUUAGCCAAGAAGAGACUGAAGCGGUUGACGCACAGACUCCCAAACUCCACCAAAUACCAGUGCUACAGUGCAAGCCUGUAUCAUAACCCCUCUUCUCCUUCAAAAUUUCAAUGGACCGCAAAUGCAGUUUGGAUUAGAGGUACUUUGAUAAAGCGGUUAAUUCAUUCAUUCAUUUGUAUAGAGGUAUUUUGGGGGCUGGGAGUUAUGGACAAAGUGUUUGCACAUUACAUUUCUAUCAUUUUUUUUAUGCAAAACCUUUUGACUGAAAAGCAAACGUUCAAUUUUCCCCUAAAUCUCACUUGUCGACACCACACCCUGUAUACUUUGUGUCAGUACAAGGGGUUUUUAUGUACUCUUUUGAACAAUAUAUUUACUCCAAAAUAUUUUAUUUUGUUAUAAAAAUGUAUUGUUCUUUUUCUGCAGUUUUUGCACACUAGGUAACUAUAUGCAGAAGUGCAUACAUGUGCAAAUACCUUUGUAGGAUUUACUAGCAGAACCAUUGAGCGUUCUAGUUUCUUCUGGAACUGUCCAUUUCUCUGUAGUGUUAGAGCCUCUGCAGCCUUAGUUGUGAAGUUCAUUUGUGUAUAAAGCUAGUUGUUCAACUAAAAUUGUCUCUUUUGGUCAUGUACAUGUGACUGAAGUGUCAUUUUGUCAGCAAGAAAACAUCUGACAUAUGUCAUUGCAUUGUAAAUAUAUAAAGAUUUUUAAAUAACAGACCAUGUCAUGGUUUUUGUUA